CUUUCCCCUUGUUUCCGUACCUGCUCCUUCUUUCUCGGCUAGUGCGGCGGCUCUGUCCAUCGUCCGUACGACAUGCUAUUUCCCCGCCUACAAUCCACCCGGGAGAAACACGACGCGCUGUGCCACUGAACAAGCUUUUCGCCCUCUGAAGCGGAAGCGAGUCUAAAUUUCCGAAUCUCAAGAGGCGCCCCCCUUCUUGGAUCGGGGUUUCAUUCGGAGCACAGUGCAGAGAAAGAUCGCUGGAGAGCGCUUUAACAGUGCAACAGCCUGCCAAAUGAAGAUCUUGCGCGCAUCAUCGCGAGAUGUCUACGAUCUGGCAGCGCUCGAGAUCCGAUCGUUUGCUGCCGACGACACGUCCCAGAUUGCACGCCUCAUGUAUCCCCCCGAGAAGCAGCCGCCGUACAAAGAACAGAUCGAACGCAGAGCAGCGAGCAUCUCGGACAAUCUCCGCCAUCAUCUUAUCAAAGCGAUCUCUCCCGAGGGAAAGAUUGUGGGUUACGCGACGUGGAAGUCCCCUGGCCAAGACAGUGUAGACAUCACGACAUCAAAUGGACCCUCGUUUGCGGCCCGCUUCAAGGCUAGAGUGAAGGAGACGAGAAAAGAAAAGAUGGGUCAAAGGCAAUACUGGUAUCUGGCCAUGCUCGUCGUGGACCCAGACUACUGGCGUCAGGGAGUGGGACGUACCCUCGUGCAAUGGGGCUUGCAUCUCGCCGAUGCAUCGGGGACCUCAACCUGUUUUCUGGAAGCGAGCGUCAUGGCGGAAGCAUUCUACACCAAGCUGGGCUUCAGGACCUUGGGAUGGGACCAAGUGCAAACGGACGUUGCCUCUCAUGACAUGUGCAGAUGGCCCUAUAUGCUCCGAGAGUAGAAUUGGAAGAUCCGGAUCAGACAUUACCCUUCCGUUCCACGGACCUUGAUAUCCAUCGACGGCGUCUGUUGCGUGAAAAUGACAGCGCUGAGAAGGCGACGCACCCAC